UAUACCCCAUUGCUUACACCACUCUUUGUGGUGUAAGUAGUUGUUGCCAACAUUCACCACCAAAAAGCCCUCUCGAGGUCGGCCAUAGCUAUCGCAGAGAAAGUUGAAUUGUGGCCUCUUGAAGUCGUUUACGAGUAUACAAACAUGAUUCACGCUGUCUUUAUUUUUAAUAAUAGAGGACUUCCUCGAUUAACAAAGUUUUAUACACCAAUUGAUGAAGAUGUUCAACAGAAGCUACUUACAGAAAUCUUCCAACUUGUUUCACUUAGACCGCCUACAGCAUGUAAUUUUCUUGAAAGUAGUCUUAUCGGAGGAAAAAAUAGAGUUAUUUAUCGGUGCUACGCAACUUUAUACUUUGUGUUCGUUGUCGAUGAAGGAGAAAGCGAACUCGGAAUCCUUGAUUUGAUUCAGGUAUUUGUUGAAGCUUUAGAUCGCUGCUUUGAAAACGUCUGCGAAUUGGAUUUGAUUUUCAAGUACGAAGAAAUCCAUACCAUUUUAGCAGAAGUCGUCUGUGGUGGAUUAGUUCUGGAAACGAAUAUACAUGACAUCGUUGGAGCUGCUGAAAACAGUGUUCUGAAAAGCCGGAAUCUUGGAAAUGCAUUCUCCAACGCGUUCUCGUUCACGAAUAGGUUUUAGAAAGAAAACGCCAAACGGACAAGAUGAAAGAAUGAUUUAAAGGGGGUGCCCUAAUUGAAAAACGACAUUUGUAUGUAUGUUGUGUAAGAUUGAGAGACAUACCCCUUCUCUCCUUUACACGAUGGAUGAAUAAGGACUGUCUUCAGUAUCAUGAACAGUGAGAACAGGAUAAUUGUAAUCGCCAAAAGUCAUUUCUCGUGACAGGGUAUAUAAGUUCUCUACCUCCGGAUCAAUGUCGAAGAACAGGCCGCCUUCGUAGUUAGAAUUGAUACGGUCAUCAGAAACAGCCAUAGUACUGUAAGAAUUCAUCGUUUGGUUAGAGUUAUCAAUUAACCGUGCACGAGACUGGUCAAAUGUUGGCACCCAGUAUUUUGAUUGUCCUCCUUGCACAUAACGCAAUCCAUGUCGGGUUCGCACAGCCCUUGCACUUGGUGCAUAUGGGAUAAUAUUCGCACCGGGUUCAAACUCUCUAUAGUCGUACCGUUCGCCUGUAGUCGUUUGUAUAAUGUCGCACCAAACAUCCACUAGACCAAGGCAAUCAACAAGGGCCCGUUUCAAGGGAAGUCGCCCGCAUGACACUUCGCCCGGAACUUUGUAAUCUUCCCAUCGAAAUGCGUGUCGAUGCAGCAGAGCGAAAAAAGGCAUCUCUAGACACAUCAGUAUGUCCUGUAUUCUAUUUGCCGUUUCUUCAGAAUCAGCUGGGAAGGCAUGAGCCCAUUGCAGAACAGACAGGAUGGUCAUCUGCCAGUAGGAAGCAAAAAUAAUAGCCUUGACGGACAAGAAUUUAGGAACCGGGCGGAACGGUUCGAGUUCCGAAUGGAGAACGUACCAAAAAGUUGUGAGUGAAUAUAAAGAGAUCGUAAUGGAAACGUUAUAUAUAAUUACAAUCCAAAUUGCCGGAGACAGAAGUAAAGAACUUGAACCCUCGUCUCCCUGUGGGCUCAGCUCCGAUACAAUUUGAACAAGAACGAGAAUAGGCUUCAUUAGAGUGUACUGUAAAAUGCCACGCUUUAAAUUUAAAAAUGUUUUUGGGUCGCUUAGAU